GAAGGUUAGUGAAAAAGGGAUUCUUACAAAGUAUUCAAUCAAAACGAAGUCUUUUGUUAUUACGCUCCAGAAACGACUCGUGAAAUUGUGUUUUCUUUCAUUUAUUUAUUACUACUGUGUUUUGUUUGUUUGCACUCCAAAGCAAGCGUGAUUCCUCUUCAAGCGAAGUUUUAAUUUUACUUCACCUUUGCGAUGGCGGAGGUAGGGGGCUUUCUCGGAGCGCACGAUUUGGAUUUACACGGAUUUUCUGCCUUUGGGAAUAUUCCUCUGUCCGACUCUCCCGGUGUUUUGAAUGAGAGGCUGGGACAGAUUGAGGGGAAGUUGCAGAGGGGGUCUCCCACGGAUUUCACCCACCUGAAAGGCAUUUUGAGGCGAAGGCAGCUCUACUGUAGAACGGGUUUUCACCUUGAGGUUUUUCCCAAUGCUACCGUGCACGGAACCCGACAGGACCACAGCAGAUUUGGAAUUCUGGAGUUUAUUAGCCUGGCUGUCGGUCUGGUCAGUAUCCGAGGGGUUGAUGCAGGACUUUACCUGGGGAUGAAUGAGAGGGGAGAGCUCUAUGGGUCGAAGAAGCUAACGGCUGAAUGCGUGUUCCGGGAGCAGUUUGAAGAGAACUGGUACAACACCUACGCUUCCACUCUGUUUAAGCAUUCUGACACGGGGAAAUAUUACUAUGUGGCCUUGAAUAAAGACGGAUCACCGAGAGAAGGAUACCGGACUAAAAAACAUCAAAAAUUUACCCAUUUUUUACCAAGGCCUGUGGACCCUGAUAAAAUCCCAGUGGCAUAUCGAGACCUGUUCCACUACAGGUGACAUGUGACAUGCCCAGCGAUGCAUAUAGGGGGGUUUUCAGAAUUCCAGAAUUCCCAGUACUAGAUGUUAGAAGACAAGCACUUAAAUUCACCACUACCGUUUCAUAUUUAAUAGUUGAUGUAGAUCUGUGUUGGAGCUCCUCUCAGAUUCUUAUAAAGGAAAAGUCUAAACUGUUACCCACACUGAGAACCUCCAGUAAUGAUAUCACAAUGUGGACAAAAUGCUGCUGCAAAUAAGCUUAAAGCUAUAAUAUAUUUAAAGAAAAAAAAAUGUUUUAAUAAAUUGGAUAAUGAACUGAGGAAGACGCGUGAUGUUCCAGCUCUAGGGAACAUUAUUAAAAAGAUGGUGUACAUAUGGAUGGAACUAUUUAUAAAAUGUACAUUAUAUUUAUUUUAUAUGUAUUAUAUAUAAAAGUAUAUUUAUUUAUUGCAAAGAAUUUAUUUUGUAAUAAACUAUAGAUUCUAAUGAAAUAAGAUCUUAAAGAAAAACAAACAGAUGAAUAAUAAGACAAUAAAAUGGUCCUGUAAUAUCAGGUGCUCGGGUGUUUUUAAUUGGUGUUUUAAUGUUUGUGUUGAACAACAGGGUUUGCAUUCACACUCAAAUGAGGUUUAAAGAUUUGCCUCUCAUAGCAAAAUCUCACAAGUCAAAUUAA